GGGGCUCGAACUCACAGACAGUGAGAUCGUGACCUGGGCCGAAGUCGGAAGCGCAACCGACUGAGCCACCCAGGCGCCCCUCACUCAUCUGUGUUUAAACCAGGCUUCCAGGAGAUUCUUGCUUUCAUUAAACAUCCGAGUAAGCCAUCCUUGAACCGUUGGCUAUAAUUAAUCAAAGGCAUACAAACUUCUGUAUCCUAGUAGUCUAACCAAGGGGUCAGGGUGGAUCUGAUCACUUUGAGGAUGUAGCAUGGAAACACUACUUGGAUGAACAGUUAUUACAUUUCAGUAGAUUGCUAUGCAGUAGAAUGUUUUGGGAAAGGUCUGAAGGGUUUUGGAGCUGUGUUACUCAAGUCUUUAAUUUUCUAUACUUUGUGAGUCUUUGACAUCUUUGGGCCUUGUGGACCCGCAGGGAGGGCCUCCCAGAUUAGCUAAUUCCUAGAGAUAGUAAAUGACUUGCCUUGUAGCGUGCCUUUGAAAUGCAAACCAACCCGGGGCACCUGGGUGGUUUAGGUGAGCGGGUGAGCAGCAGACUCGGUUUUGGCUGAGGUCGUGAUCUUGCGGUUCAUGGUUUCGAGUCCCUCAUCGGGCUCCACCCUGGCAGUGAGGAGCAUGCUUGGGAUACUCUCUCUCUCUCCUCUCUCUGCCCCUCCCCCAUUUAAGAAAAAGAGAGAGAGAGAGGAAGAAAAAAAAAAAGAAAUGCAAACCAACCAAUUCUGCAUCCAUCCCCUCACCUGCCUCCUUUUCUCAGGCUCCUGCAGUCCAGGACAUCAUCCAUCCAGAACCUAAAUCACACCAAGGCCAGGUGCUUGACAACUAGAGACCCCUCCUAUAGACCACCACCUGCUGACAUUAUUCAUUAUUCAAAUUCUACCUUCCUAAGCCUGCCUCAGCUGCUUAACCUGCCUGCCCAUUUCUUUUUUUGAAAACCACAAUAAAAGGCUUUUGUGCAUAUUUUCCCCUUGCUCCUUCUGCCACCUGACCAACCCCAGUGCUUCCCCAUGUGGCCCUGUGUGACAUGGCAUGCCCCUUCCUCUCGAAAACUGCAAGUAAUAAACUCUUCUUUCAAAGUCUUUCUCUGUGUCUGUCAUCUUACUAUACCUGUUAAAACCAAAUCCUGGGUACAUUUCCAAACAAGAGUUCGACAGAUUUGAGUUCCCACUGGGCACUGACAAUUUGCCCACCAUGUGACCUUGGGAAUAUUACCUAUCCUCUGACAGUUUCCCUGUCUUUGAGUGUAAAACAGAGAAGAUUCCUAUACCAUAAGACUGCUGUAAGGACUGGGGAUAAUACACAUGACGUGAAUGUGCACUGAAGAAGCUGUAUGGCCAAGGGUGUGAGAAAAUCAAGAAAUAAAAAUCCCCCCAGGGGCGCCUGGGUGACUCGGUUUGUUAAGCAUCUGAGUUCGGCUCAGGUCAUGAUCUCACGGUUCAAGUUUCAGACCCGCGUCAGGCUCUGUGCUGACCGCUCAGAGCCUGGAGCCUGCUUGUGAUUCUGUGUCUUCCCCUCUCUCUGCCUCUCCCCCACUUAUGCUCUCUCAAAAAUGAAUAAACGUUUAAAAAAAUGUUAUAAAAUCAAAAGAGAAAAAGAAAUGAAAUCCCCCUUUAGGCUCAGAAGUGAACAGUACAAUACACGGAUAGAAAGCCUUUCAUAUUUAUAUACCUGUCCUAGUGUUCACUUAUGAGCAUCAGCAAAUCAGGAGAUAUUUUGUGCGUUGCUAUUCUUGUUGCCCAACUGAACAAAGGUUUUCCUCAUAUUUAAUGAUGACUGCUGUUCCUGUUAAGGAAAUAAGAGCUGAUAAUUAGUCUUUUCAACAAGAGAAUUACAGGAGGCAUAGUUUAUCGCUUUUCCUAGGUCUCAAGAGUCAUUUUGACAUGCUACACCUACCUUCACUAAUUACUUGAGGUAGAUAAGCAAAUUUAUCAAGUAACAGGGCAGAGAGAAAAGAGGUUGGAAUUUGAAACCUCUCAGGCCUUGAGACAAAUACCUGCUGUGUGACCUUGGGCAAAUCACUUAAUAGCUCCGAACUUCAGUUUCCUCAUCUGUAAAAGGAGACAGAACACCUAGCUAAGAAAGAUGUUGAAAAAGAUCAGAGAUAAUGUAAGUAAUGAGUCUCAUUGGUGGAAGGCCUGGGACUGGAACCCUCCCUAGUCUGAAGGACCUGCCAACAAGUAACAGAGCUCUGCCACAGCCCUCAGCUCUCGAGUUUUUGGCAUUUAGCUCUUCUUUCUCUUUGUUCCCUCCCUCUCUCCCUCCUCCUUCCAGGGGAUGGAUGAAUACAUUUUUCAGGUUUUGAAUCAUUUCCUUCUUCCUCACUGAAAUUGCAGCUCACAUGGGAUUUUACUGCCUGAAACAGAAGACCCUGUACAGCCAAGUAACGAGCAGAUGCGCUCGUCUAGCAUAAAGACUCAGCUUCAGUUGUCUUCCCGCCACUGAGGCAGGGCACAGGUUGCAGGAUUCACUUACUUCUGGAUGAAUGAUCUUACCUGUGAGUCCGGCGGGGAGAGAUGUAAAUGCCCAGGCAAGUCCCAUGUUGGGGCGGGCUUUGGCCUGUCUGGAAGCCUUUCUUUUCCCUCAAGCUGUCUGUUCUUGCGGGUCCCCCUGGAAGUCUCCCCAACAAAUCUGGCCCUCAGGGAUUUCUACUUUCCUGGACACUUGUUGGCCUUUAGUGUUCUGUGACUAAGUUGCCAAGGGUUUUGCAUAUUUUUGUGACUGAGCCCAGUUUGCCAGUCUGGAAUCUCUGGCAUGGCUUCUUUGUCUUCCCUCACAGGGCCUUGUACGGGGCCAGGCACCCGAGAAAUGCUCAAGAAAUUUCUGCUGAUUCCAUUGACCGAUUCUAGUUAGAGCUCCAGAUAGUCCUGGAUGUUCUUUUAAAAUAUUUUUUUAGAUUUAUGUAUUUAUGUAUGUAUGUAUUUAUUUAUUUGUUUUAGAGAGACAACUUGUGUGAGCGGAGGAGAGGGGCAGAGGGAGAGAGAGAGAAUCUUAAGCAGGCUGUAUACUCAACACAGGGCUGGAACCCAUGACCCUGGGAUCAUGACCUGAGCUGAAAUCAGGGGUCAGACGCUCAAAUGACUGAGCCACCCAGGUGCCCCGAUCCUGAAGGUUCUUAAUUGAAACAAUUGAGUGGGUGCAUACCAGAUUAUAAAGCGGACUUCCCUGCAGAGUGACUUUUCAGUUAACUAAUUUUCACAGCUCUUGAGAAAUUAUAAAAUUUUUUGACAUCCUCCUUUUUUAUCCCAGAAUGACACUCUACCCCAAAACACACUAAGUAAUAUGCCAUAGUUUUAAUACAGUUUUAGACAAAGACACAUUGACCAAUUUCCCUAACACGACAGCUUGUAUUCAGAGAACAUCAAAUGGAACGGUUUUGAGAAGCCGGCCGAGUGCGAGUGAACAUUCUGCUUUCUGUAUGUGUGCCACAUAGGUAGUAUCUUCUAUUGCUCUUUAGUCCAUGGUUUCCGUAAAGGGCCAGAGAGUAAAUAAGCUUCAUGGGUCAUAUCUGUGUUGCAGAGCGACUCAACUCUGACCUUGUAGCAUGAAAGCCAUCGUAGACAGUAUGUAACUGAAUGGGGGUGACUUUAUUUCAUAAAACUUUAUUUACAAAAAUAGGCAAUGGGCCCGAUUUGGCCCAUGUGCCCUAGUUUGCAAACCCUUGCUUUUGUCUCUUGUAAGCACUCAUUAUAUUUCUCUGUACUUUGAACUUCUUUAUUUUGCUAUAAUUUUUUUUCUGAGCUACAACUUUUUUCUUUUCUCUUUAAGAUUUUUUAAAAAGUAAUUUCUAUACCCAAUGCGGGGCUUGAACCCACAACCCUGAGAUCAUGAGUAGCAAGCUCCACUGACUGAGCCAGCCAGGCACCCCGUCUGUGCUACAAAUGUGUUUUUCAAUGUAGUUUGAGUGAAAGAUAAUUGACAUCUCCCAAAAGGUAGAAAAAUUAAUGCAGAAAAUGGCACAGAAUGAAGACUGCACCUUCUAAUGGGUGAUUCACUGGCACCAUUUCUCCUACCAAUCCUCACCCACUCUCAAGUCUUCCUUAUUCCUUUGGUGCUGGGGCUGUAGCAUUGAACUUGAUGGACAUGAUUCCUGACUUCAUGGAGCUCACAGUCUUAAGAAGUACUAUGGAGUCAAGUCCAAAAACUCUUCUGAGAAUCCCAUCCUAGGAGCCAAAGGCCUGCUAAGAUGUGUAUGGUGUAACAGCAACAAAAUAACAUCAACAGCUAAUGAGCACAUAAUAUCUACAAUAUACUGUGAUGUCAUAAUUUGGACAAACGCUUAUGCUUUUCUGGCUUUGGAGCAACAUGAAAUGAGCAGAAAGUAAGGUAGGAUGUGCUUUGGAAUAAACCUCAGAAGAAUCCCAUGCUAAGGAUCUAAGACCUGACCAAGACCAGCCGGAUAGGACCAUGAACACGUGGCCAUGUUAUACUGGGCUCAACAGCGUCUGCUAGCUCUGGUGUGACACACAAGGCCAUGGGCACAAGUUUUGCAUGACAACUGUGCUCUACUGGUUUUCAGACUGAGCCUCCAUCCCCACCCCCACUGUCCUAUGACCUAUAGUGAAACAAAAGCAGAUAAGUAGUAAUUGUGUUGAGAAUUAAUGAUAUUUGUAUCACUGGAUAAUAAAAUCGGUAGCAUUUCAAUAGCAUUGGGAUCUCAGUUGCCCUUCCCCAUGAAGAAAGCAGAUUGUCAUAAUUUAAAUUGUUAGCAUAAUUAAAGAAAUCAAAGACCCAGUCAUUAACUGAGUCUUUCCAGAGAAACAAAUUGCCUUUGAUUUUAUCCUGCAGAAUCUGCUGAAAUGGGCAUUUUAUGUAAACACAAAACUAUGAACCAAUGGCUCCCUCCAUGGGACUGGAGGACAAAAUACCUGGGGGCACUUUCCAUCAAAACAUGCAGGGAAGCAAAAAUCUUUUACCAUCUCUUCUGUGGUUGCUAAUAAGCUGAAUUCGAUCACUUACCCGCGUUCUGUACAAUUCCUAGCACCACAGAGAGGAAAUGCUUUUUCCUUUUCCUUAAAAAAAAUUCCAGUCAAAACCAUCAGCCUCCGUAGGUUGUCUUAAUUGCUACUUUGCACUGCACUGGACUGUGACUCUGAUUUUUGGCACAUGCCGUCAUACACAAAGUUCCUAAAAUAAAAUGCUCCAGGAUAUCCCAGGAACUCUUAGAGGGCUUUAAAAAGGGACUUGCACACAGAAACAAUAUCUUUGAUGGAGACAAUUCAGGCGAGCAGAAUGAUUAUUGCAAAAGAAUUACGUGAUUCAUUGAGACCUUAAAGUGGGUCCGGAGAAUCCUUGCCACCUAACUUAUCAUGGUUUGGAAGAGUUUGAUGAGAAUCCAGUUUUGAUAAAGACAAUUGUUUUUUCCUCCCCAAGUGACUAUACAUUUAAAUAGCUAAAACAUCUGUUCAGCAGCAUAGUAAAACAUGUACACUCAGAACGCCUGAGAGAAGAGCCUGCCAAACAAUCGGUUGAGAGGGACUUUGCUGGGGGGAGAGCCCCAAGAUAAAGCAACCACUGUUUGUUUUGUCUGGUCAGGGGGAAAGCCAAGGCAACCAAUAUUUUGGGUUUCUUUUAUUUCAUUUGUGAAGAAAUAUUUGAGAAAGGGUGGCGAGGGAAGAUUUUCUGACGGGAUUUUUUAAAGCUGUCUUUUAGUAGAAGAGCAAGAGAACCUUGGAUGUCAACGCCUCACAGGUUCUUGAGACCAGCCACCAAACCACAAAAAGUGACUUUCUCUUCGCGUGGCCUCUACGUCCCUCCUGAUGGAAGCAGAAAUGGGGAGCAGCACGGAGCCUGGAAAAACAGCCAACAGAGGUACUCGAAUCGCCCUGGUUGUGUUCAUUGGUGGCACUCUGGUGCUGGGCACGAUCCUCUUUCUAGUGAGUCAAGGUUUCUUAAGUCUCCAAGCUAAACAGGAGUACUGCCUGAAGCCGGAAUGCAUCGAAGCUGCUGCUGCUAUCUUGAGUAAGGUAAAUCUCUCUGUGGACCCUUGUGAUAAUUUCUUCCGGUUCGCUUGUGAUGGCUGGAUACAGAAUAAUCCAAUUCCUGAAGAUAUGCCAAGCUAUGGGGUUUACCCUUGGCUGAGACAUAACGUUGACCUCAAGUUGAAGGCACUUUUGGAGAAAUCUAUCAGUAGAAGGCGGGACACCGAAGCCAUACAGAAAGCCAAAAUCCUUUAUUCAUCUUGCAUGAAUGAGAAAGCGAUCGAAAGAGCAGAUGCCAAACCAUUACUCCACAUCCUGCGGCAUUCACCUUUCCGCUGGCCUGUGCUCGAGUCUAAUAUUGGUCCUGAGGGAGUGUGGUCAGAGAGAAAGUUCAGUCUUUUGCAUACCCUUGCAACAUUUCGUGGUCAGUACAGCAAUUCUGUGUUCAUCCGACUGUAUGUGUCCCCUGAUGACAAGGCAUCCAACGAACAUAUCUUGAAGCUGGACCAAGCAACUCUCUCCCUAGCUGUGAGGGAAGAUUACCUCGAUAAUAGCACAGAAGCCAAGUCUUAUCGGGAUGCCCUUUACAAGUUCAUGGUGGAUACUGCUGUGCUUUUGGGAGCUAAUAGCUCCCGAGCAGAGCAUGACAUGAAGUCAGUGCUUAGACUGGAAAUUAAGAUAGCCGAGAUAAUGAUUCCACAUGAAAACCGAACCAGUGAGGCCAUGUAUAACAAAAUGAACAUUUCCCAGCUGAGUGCUAUGAUUCCUCAGUUUGACUGGCUGGGCUACAUCAAGAAGGUCAUCGAUUCUAGACUCUACCCGGGUCUGAAAGACAUUGACCCUUCAGAGAACGUGGUUGUCCGUGUCCCGCAGUACUUUAAGGAUUUGUUUAGGAUAUUAGGCUCUGAGCGGAAGAAGACCAUUGCCAACUAUUUGGUGUGGAGGAUGGUUUACUCCAGAAUUCCAAACCUUAGCAGGCGCUUUCAGUAUAGAUGGCUUGAAUUCUCGCGGGUAAUUCAGGGGACCACGACUUUGUUGCCUCAGUGGGACAAAUGUGUAAACUUUAUCGAAAGUGCCCUCCCUUAUGUUGUUGGAAAAAUGUUUGUGGAUGUGCACUUCAAGGAAGAUAAGAAGGAAAUGAUGGAGGAAUUGAUUGAAGGUGUUCGCUGGGCCUUUAUUGACAUGCUGGAGAAAGAAAAUGAGUGGAUGGAUGCAGGGACAAAAAGGAAAGCCAAAGAAAAGGCAAGAGCUGUUUUGGCAAAAGUUGGCUAUCCUGAGUUUAUAAUGAAUGAUACUUAUGUUAAUGAAGACCUCAAAGCAAUCAAGUUUUCAGAAUCCGACUACUUUGGCAAUGUCCUGCAAACCCGCAAGUAUUUAGCACAGUCUGAUUUCUUCUGGCUGAGAAAAACGGUUCCAAAAACAGAGUGGUUUACGAAUCCCACGACCGUCAAUGCCUUCUACAGUGCAUCCACCAACCAGAUUCGAUUUCCAGCAGGAGAGCUGCAGAAGCCUUUUUUUUGGGGAACGGAAUAUCCUCGAUCUCUGAGUUAUGGAGCUAUAGGAGUAAUUGUUGGACAUGAAUUUACACAUGGAUUUGAUAAUAAUGGUAGAAAAUAUGAUAAAAAUGGAAACCUGGAUCCUUGGUGGUCUACUGACUCAGAAGAAAAGUUUAAAGAAAAAACAAAGUGCAUGGUUAACCAAUAUAGCAACUAUUAUUGGCGGAAAGCUGGCUUAAAUGUGAAGGGGAAGAGGACCCUAGGAGAAAAUAUUGCUGAUAAUGGAGGUCUGCGGGAAGCUUUUAGGGCUUACCGGAAAUGGAUAAAUGACAAGAGGCAGGGACUUGAGGAGCCUCUCCUACCAGGCAUCACAUUCACCAACAACCAGCUCUUCUUCCUGAGUUAUGCUCAUGUGAGGUGCAAUUCCUACAGACCAGAAGCUGCCCGAGAACAAGUCCAAAUUGGUGCUCACAGUCCCCCUCAGUUUAGGGUCAAUGGUGCAAUUAGCAACUUUGAAGAGUUCCAGAAAGCCUUUAACUGUCCAUCCAAUUCCACGAUGAACAGAGGCGUGGACUCCUGCCGACUCUGGUAGCCAGGCCGCUGGUGUAGGCCAUCCUGGGAGCCGUGUAGCGCCAGGAGGGGCCACACCGAACGCUCAUCGCCACCGCUUUUGGCCUCUGUUCCCCUGAGGACUCCUAUUUUUAAUGCAUCUUCAUUAUUUGUGUGCUGCUUGGAUGUGAACAGUAUUCAAAUUGUAGGGCUUAAAAAAAGGGAAUAGAAGAAGUGAACCAAGUAUGUUUCUUUAGAAAACCAAACCAAAAAAUAAAAUAAAAUAAAUCCCUAGGCUACUUUUGUUAAAAUAUUAUCUGCUGAAUUGUCGCUUUUGUCCAUUUUAGUGUAAACAGCUAAGUGGUACACACUAUUUUAAUCUACAGGUUUGCAGAGAGCCUAAGUAGAAUGUAUCCAGAAAAGAAAUUCAGUCUAUGCAUUUUGUACCCCUCCAUGAUGAGGACAUGUUCCUGGAUACCUAGUCGGUCUUACUGCUCUGUAGAAUGCAGUACUAGAUUUUAUGUAUUAUCAUUCAUAGCAUUUAUUAACUCUGUGGUAGUUAGGUUAGAAAUAUGUUGGAGCUUCAUUUUACAAUUUUUGAUGAAAUUUUUGCCUUCAUCUUUGAGGUCUGUUGGGUUGCAAAUGCCUCUCACAGCUUCUGUCUGACGUAGCUGAUUGCCCUGUUCGACUCGGCAUGAACAAAGCUGGCCAAAAGGCUACUUGAGAAAGGGUUUCAUUUUCUCAAAUAGAAAAAAGAAAAACAGAUGUGUUUUUAAGGCCCAGAAGAAGUCAAAACUCCUACUCACUAGGAGAUGAAAUCUCCAAAAUUGGAUCUAUUCUGCCCAAACCUCAGUGAUUAUGUCUGUGUGCUGGGCACUUCUUCAGUCCAAUUCCUGUUUAUCUUGUUACCCUCAUAUAUGUGCAUUCUUCUGUUUCUGAAAUGAGCAGGCACUGAGAAAAUGAUUUUCUAAUUCUCCAGUAAGAAUGUAUGGCUUCCAUUCCCCCUUUAGGCGACCAGAUACCACUUCUCUUUUGGCUCAGUUAACAUGACCUCUCUUUGAAAAAAGCGUUUUGAAAAAUUUCUUGAUUGGAGACAUUUUAAACUCUAUUGAUUGAUUUAAAAAUUCCUCACAUGUCCAAAGGAAGAUAAUUUUUUCUGUUCAAGUCUUCUAAAGAGUCUGUAAGGAAGAGCAGUGCUGGGUUUUUGAGCCUCAGAACUUUAUCCUUUCCGGUGAACCCCUCCAUGUCUUAUUAGCGUGUGUAGGGGAAAAUCUUAAUGGCCUUACAGUGGUUACCUGGCAUUUCCAGUUUCUUAAAAUAGCCAUCCUCCCUUUACAUUAUUCAUUGUGUAUGUGGUUUGGCAUUAAGUAGGCCAAUAGGAAAAAUCUCAGAAGCAAAAUGACAAACUCAGACUAACCGUAGGAGACCAUUUUGCAUCCCUGUGAUUUGUUUUCCUUCUUCUUCUUUUUUUUUUUUAAAUGUACGUGUGUGCCAUGUCCUUUUGUAAACAUGGGAACUUCCAAAGGGACAAAAAUGCAGGGGCACCACCAUGAGGAAAACAAUUACCUGUGUUGUUAGUCAGAGGACAGUGAUAUUCCCCUUGAUUUGCUCCUCUCUAAAUGAAUAAACUUUGGAAGGGCAGCUACCUUUUCCUCCUCUUAACCAAGGCUUAAUGUGACCUUAAUGUGACUUAUUUUUAAAAACAAGUGCUGUUAGGUUAGGGGUGCUGGAAGUGUACAGGCGUUUUCUCUGGAGGAGCCAUUCUGAUUUGCUUUAGACAUACAAGAUACUCCUUGUUUUAUCCCUCUCCUUGGACAUUUAGAAGCCACCGAGGUUUGUUAUGCUGGUAUGAAUAGCAUUUUCCUUCUAGAUUUCUCUUUUUAAACUCCCAAUAAACACAUUCCUGCAGGUCAGAGAAAGUGACUAGAAUUAUGACUUUGGAAGUGGGAAUCAUGCAGUCAGUUGUCAGUUGAGGAAGACUAGUUAGUGAUCGGUUUGGGCCCUAUAGUUUCUAAAUGAUGUGGCUACUUUGUCCUGAUUAACUUUAUGCGCUGUAACUCAGUUAUACUGAAAGUUGUAGAUACGAGGGCCAUUAUUAAAACAAGAUAAACCCAAAGCAGGAGUACCAAGUCAUCGCUACAAGCUACAACAGUUUUUUGGUAGGAUUGGAUUUCCACAUACAUGCUCAAGUUUAAAUUUUCGAUUAUACUCUUGUUACUUCUCUUCAAUACAGGUUGCUAAAGGAAGCAGACACUGAUUAAGUCCUAGAGGGAAGAAGGGAAAACCCACCUGGAAAGAAAGGUAAAAAAAAUAAAAGUAGGGAGAAGUUGGCCUCAGAAUGUGAUUAGGAAGAGAAGACAGGAUUUGGGCAAUCCUUGCUAAGCAUAUCCAUUGGAGUCGAGCCAUCAAGUUUUACAAAAAUAAUUAUGGUAAAUUAAAAGGAAAUUAGAUAUUGGAUCACAUACUAGGACUGCCAUAACAGACUUUCCUGAUUCAUAUACCAGAUGUUCUACCAGUGAACUAUUGUCUGCGUGUUGGAAGGAGUUUUGGGAAAUUCUCCCAGAUUAGUCGAGGAUUUUGUGUAAAUAAAGUGGUAUUAUUUGAGCUUAUCACCAUUGCCUAAAGUUUGUUGAGCUUUUCACCAACCAUACAGCAUUGGCCUCCUAUUUCCAUUUUUUUCCUUUUAUGAGACAGACUUGGACAUGACUAAUGCAAGCUCGGAUUCGUAAAUUAUCCUGAAGUUUAUUCAGUGCCUUUCCUCAAUGGAGCUGAAAGCAUAGCACAUAAAUUUUAUCUUAUUUAGCCCUGGAGCAUCGCUAAGAAGCAACAAGGAAUGCCGGCUUGCUGCACAGGUUAUGCUCGUGCCAGAGAAGUGGAGAGAGGUUUGAAAUUGCUUGUCAAGUAUCCCAGGAUCAGGAAAGGCAGAGUCUUUGUUCUUUGGGCAGCUGACCUCUGCAUUAACCUUCAUCCCUUAGAUGACCUCAUUUCUAAAUACAUUUAUUCUCUCAGUAUUUGUGCAGUCACUUAGCAUUUGAUGGGGCUUCUUCCUUGAUAUUUCUAACAUAAUGUUUCAAUUGCAUAUUAAGCUAAUGAAGAAUACAUGAUUGUUUCAUCAGCAACAUUUUCCUCACCCGUGGCAGUGCCCCCGCUGGUUUGAAGGAAGGUAUUCUUGGAUUAUGCAUUUUAUAUCUAAAUGAUCAUUGUAUUUUCUUCUCUGACUUGUAAAACAAUGUGAACGAUCAUUUUAAGGACAAUAAAAAGUU